GAACUCAUUUUGCCUUUUUAUUAUGAUUUGCUCCUUUUGUUCUACUGGGCAGCUCUAGCACAGUCCCACCCCUGGCCGGCUACUGACUGAACUGUUCCGUCAGUCUGUUGCAUUUCAGUCCCUCCUGCAAAGUCCUCAUUAUCUCAAUGCACAGCAUCUGAUAACAGACUGACAAACAUGGACCACAAGCUCCUCCUGACACCUUCAGUGCUGCUGGGAUGCUGCUGUUGAUGCUUUUAAGACCAGACUUGCUAUCCAGUGUGAGCAAGAAGGAAAAGGAGCUGCUGUCAUGCCCUUAGCGCUUGCACCGAGUGAGUGACAUUUGCUAGUACUAAGAGAAGCUCACAGUGGGGGAGUAUCCCAGCAGACAAUGGACAGGUUGCACCCCUCUAUGAGGAAACGUUUGUACAGCCUCCCCCAGCACAUCGGAUUCAAAGCCUCAAUAAUGGAUGAAGCGGAAGGUGAAGAAAGAGACACCUGGAGAAAAAGCAUCAAACUCAAGCCAUUGGCAUCGCCUGUCUUUAGAGUCCUUGACCCCCGCCACGGAGCCAAGGAAACCCAUAUAGUUAUGGAAACUGAGGUGGGCAAAGCCCAAAGGACCAGCAGCAAUGGAGAUUGCAGGAGAUUCACUGGCAGCCUUUCUUCUAUCACCAGCUGUGGCCGGCACCUUCAUGAUGCAGAUCCUAGUGAGGGGAGAAGGCUAAUUUCUGAUGGUGACAUUAGUCCCACUGAAGAGUUCUCCCCCACCCUAGAUCCAGCUGUAGGUGAAUCAAAUAUUCAUCUCUCCCAAAACACUCAGACAUCCUCCCAAUGUCAGGGAGCUGAGCAGCUCAGCAAUGCUGGGAAGCUGGACGGAGGAGAGCAGAUUUUGUCUAUUGGGGAAGAUGAUCAGGCUAGCUUUAUGCACAGACAGUUUGGGGCACUACUGCAACCCGGAGUGAACAAAUUCUCCUUGAGGAUGUUUGGCAGUCAGAAGGCAGUUGAAAGGGAACAGGAUCGUGUAAAGUCUGCAGGAUUUUGGAUUAUUCACCCUUACAGUGACUUCAGGUUUUAUUGGGACCUUACCAUGUUAUUGCUUAUGGUGGGAAACCUCAUUAUCAUCCCAGUAGGUAUCACUUUUUUCAAAGAGGAGAAUACACCAGCAUGGAUUGUGUUCAAUGUGGUGUCGGACACAUUUUUCCUUGUGGACCUUGUACUAAAUUUCCGUACAGGAAUUGUGUUGGAAGAUAAUACGGAGAUCAUCUUGGAGCCACAACGUAUCAAAAUUCGUUACUUAAAGAGUUGGUUCCUGGUAGAUUUUGUGUCCUCCAUCCCAGUUGACUAUAUUUUCCUAAUUGUGGAGACAAGAAUUGACUCUGAAGUAUACAAGACUGCAAGGGCCCUGCGCAUUGUCCGCUUUGCUAAGGUUCUCAGCCUUCUACGUCUUCUGAGACUCUCCAGGCUUAUUCGAUACAUUCACCAGUGGGAAGAGAUAUUUCAUAUGACCUAUGAUCUGGCGAGUGCUGUGGUGCGCAUUGUAAACCUGAUUGGCAUGAUGCUCUUGCUGUGCCACUGGGAUGGUUGCUUGCAGUUCCUAGUGCCCAUGCUGCAGGAUUUCCCUGAGGACUGCUGGGUUUCUCUUAACCACAUGCAGAAUGCUUCUUGGGGAAAACAGUACACGUAUGCCCUGUUUAAGGCUAUGAGUCAUAUGCUGUGCAUCGGGUAUGGGCAGCAGGCACCAGUGGGCAUGGGGGAUGUCUGGCUCACUAUGCUCAGCAUGAUUGUUGGCGCUACUUGCUACGCCAUGUUUAUCGGUCAUGCCACAGCCCUGAUCCAAUCACUGGACUCUUCAAGGCGUCAGUACCAAGAGAAGUACAAGCAGGUGGAGCAGUAUAUGUCGUUUCACAAACUCCCUGCUGAUUUGCGUCAGCGAAUCCACGACUUCUAUGAGCAUCGCUACCAAGGCAAGAUGUUUGAUGAAGAGAGCAUUCUGGGAGAGCUGAGUGAGCCGCUUCGAGAGGAAAUUAUCAACUUCAACUGCCGCAAGUUGGUGGCAUCUAUGCCGCUUUUUGCCAAUGCCGACCCCAACUUUGUGACUUCAAUGCUGACAAAACUGCGCUUUGAGGUGUUUCAGCCUGGAGACUACUUAAUCCGAGAAGGAACUGUGGGGAAAAAAAUGUUCUUCAUCCAGCAUGGGGUGGUCGGCAUCCUGAGCAAGGGCAGCAAGGAGACCAAGCUUUCAGAUGGAUCGUACUUUGGAGAGAUCUGCCUCCUGACCCGUGGCAGGCGCACGGCGAGCGUCAGAGCUGACACUUAUUGUCGACUAUAUUCACUGAGUGUCGACCACUUCAACGAGGUUCUUGAAGAGUACCCCAUGAUGAGGCGUGCCUUUGAAAGUGUGGCGCUAGAUCGUUUAGACAGAAUUGGUAAAAAGAACUCAAUUCUUCUGCACAAAGUACAGCAUGACCUACGCUCUGGGGUACUCAACUACCAUGAGAAUGAAAUCAUCCAGCAGAUAGUUCAGCAUGACCGUGAGAUGGCUCAAAGACCCCGCUACAGUCAGACUGAAGGGGACUCUGCUUCAUUACCAGCCACACCAGUUAUCUGGACCCCACUGGUACAGGCACCCUUACGAGCUGCAGCUGCGACCACAUCAGUGGCUAUACCCCUCACCCACCAACGUAUACCAGCUACCAUCUUUCGGCCAGCCCCCAAUACACUAGGUGUAACAGCUCAUGGAUUACGACAAGCUCCAAGAACUGCUCUCCCUACACACCUAAUAGGUAUUGAAGCAGCAGUGUCUCAGUCAUCUUCUUUUCAUGUACACCAGCUGGCAGGGUUCUCAGCAGCAGCCUGUGUGAGUCCUGCUCCACCACCAUCUGUGCCACCUCUUCAGAGACAUACAGCAAAGCACCUGUCUGCAUAUUCCCCACCAUAUGAGCACCUGCAGUUGGUAACUGGUGAAGCCAACUCUUCCAUAUCCCUUUCACCUGAACUGUCACAGUCAGACCAGCAGUUUCAACCUCCCUCAUCUGGACAGUGCCAAUACCCCAUUAGUCAUUCAUUAGAUACCCAUUUACCUGGAGUGUCCGAGCCACAAUGGGUGCUUCCCCCUCCUCCACAUAAAGCAGACUCUCCCGGGAAAGCCACUUCAGUACUCAGUCCUGGACCAGACCGGACCAUUCAAAUAGGUGGUUCUUCACGAUCUCUUCUCCUUCCUGAAACUACUGCACUCUCAAAUCUCCACAACAGUUGUACAGCUCUUCCCCUCAACCGGCUAAGGCAGGAUGGUCGUCCCAUCUCUGUGUCACAGCCCUCUUUGCCUCAAGCACCAGCAUCUGGUUCCCCAAACUAUCCACAGCAAUUUAUUCCUGAUUUUUCUUCAAAUUUAGGACAUGUAACGCUGCCACGAAAAGGUCCCUCAGUGUUAGGUUUGGGCAUACAGAGUAUUUGUGGAGAAGACCUUUCCCAUUCCAAAUUCUUUAGUAACCUAUGACCAUAUUCAUUGUUAAAGAUCUUGUAAUGGGAGACCUGCAGGGCUUUGCUUUAUGAACUCCUUUUCUAGGCAUAUGCAGAUCACUGCUUCUGGGUCAUCAGUAAUACUCAA